AGAGAGAGGAAACUACAUAAAGCCUCCUGUUGGAGCUGUGUGCUAUGAAGGACAGCUAGAGUCCCAAACACAAGGACGCAUGCUCCCCAGUCCGUCCAUCCAUCCGUCUCGCUCUCUUUCUCUCUGUCCCCUGGCUGCUAUCACUAUCAUCGUCCCUCUCUGUUCGACCGAGCGACCGCAGCAGCAGCUCCUCUCCGGUUACGUAAGCAAGGUUGUUGUUUUUAUACCAGCGAGGACCUUUUGGCUGGUGUGUGCCUCCCGCCCCGCCCCCCACCACGGCCCUUACCUGUGUGUUGCGGUGCUUCCCCUGCGAGCCUAGCUGGGCCGGCAGCCCUUUCCUGCACCGCCCCCCUACCCCGCCCCACCCGAUGGUCAGGAUGACACGCUCCAAAACCUUCCAGGCCUACCUGCCCAGCUGCCACCGAACCUACAGCUGCAUCCACUGCAGAGCGCACCUGGCCAACCACGACGAGCUCAUCUCCAAGUCUUUCCAGGGGAGCCAAGGCAGAGCUUAUCUGUUCAACUCAGUGGUGAACGUGGGGUGCGGGCCGGCGGAAGAGAGGGUGUUGCUCACGGGCCUGCAUGCUGUGGCAGAUAUCUACUGUGAGAACUGCAAGACAACUCUGGGUUGGAAAUAUGAGCAUGCCUUUGAGAGCAGUCAGAAGUACAAGGAGGGCAAGUUCAUCAUCGAGCUGGCCCACAUGAUCAAGGACAAUGGCUGGGACUGAAAGACGAAGCGCCGUCCGUGACUCGGUUCGGGGUUGAAUGGGGGUGGAUGGGAGGGAAGGGGGUGAGUGUGCGACUUUGAUUUACCAUGGACCUCUAUCCUCCCCUCCUGAUGACACACCAGCAGCCUCCAGGGUGGAGGUUGUAGGGGAGUGUGUGUGUGGCUGUAGUAGCAGCCUGACCUGCCCCUCUGGGUUCUGUGUGUGUCUGGACUGGAGGAGGAUGUCAUUGGGGAUGGAUGGACACCACCAGACACACGCACAAUGGCAAGAAAACACACACACGUGCACACACACACACAAACAAACAAACAAACAUGCAUGUCCCAGACCAACAUCCCAGCCUGAUGUGUAGCUCUUCAGAUGGAGAGCCAGGCCAAGGCCAGUGUUGUUGUGUUACUAUCUAUGUUAGGGCUGGCUGGCCUGCAGUGUGAGGAGGGACCAGGCCCUGGCAGGGUCAGUAGCCUUGGGUUAAAGAGCUGAUGGGAGCUCUCGUCUGUAUGUGAAUGAGAUGGCCUAAGAUGAUUAUCCCCAAAUCCAGCUGAUCUGAUCCACCAAAGGCCGUGCCAGCUGGGACAGUGAUGAGGCCUCUGGGGGCUGGGUGAGGGAAGGGUUAAGGGGAGGAGGGUCAGGGAGAGGGCAGGUCCUGGAUUCUAGUCCACCCUGGUUGUGAGGUUGUAGUAGCAGCUGGUUGCACAGCUGUGUGAUCCACUCUAGGUUUCAGCGGCAGCAGUUGUUGUUGUGAGAGUCAGGAAGAUAGGGAGUGUGAAGGAUUUAAGUCUAAACUCUGAGAAGAAUCUGCUCAGUCAGUGUUUCGGCAUUCUCCAUCAUCCGUAGAUGCCUGAAAUCAUGUCUUGCGAUGUUUGGAUCCUUCAUGUGUUAUGUCUGAUGUAAGUCAGGAUACAUCUACCAUCACCACUUUGGAUUAAAUUGAACAUCUUUGACUUUUGAAGCUCUGACUUGAACAGGCUUGGAGAUUGGUUCUAGUGUUUUGGCCACUGAAGCAGUUAGGAUGUGGAGGCCUUUAGGAGAUGCUCUUAUGACAUUCUGAAAGGUUGAUGUUCUGAAGCUUUCUUUCAGUCUGGGAUGACCAUAGCAGUUCAUAGAUUGUUACACACACUAAUUUACUACCUGGCCCUCACUUAAAACACUGAACAGCAAAGCUGUACAGUAGACCUGUGGAUUUUCUGAACAGAAGCCAACUAAGCAACACAACUAAUCAAACUAAUCUCCAUGGUAUCCACGGCAACUGACUGGCAGUCGAGACUUCCAAUCAGAGGCUGUAGCACAACCAAAGAACCCACCCAUCUACCAUAAAUUGACCAAACACAUAUAUAUAUAUAUAAAAUGUUUUUUGCUUGGGUCAAAAUGUUGCCAACUGUGGGGUUGAGAAUUGUUGUUAAAAGCCAAGGUUAUGGAUAGCCUUUCUCUUUUUGUGAUAUAAUGCAUUAUGUUUUUGUAAAUGAUAGAUCUUAAUAUACAGUGCCUUCGGGAAAGUAUUCAGACCCCUUGACUUUUUCCAUGUUUUGUUAGGUUCCAGCCUUAU